UUGUUGUCACGUUGUAGUAUGGAUAUUGAAGAUAUCAGCUUAGUUCCCCCCAAGUCAGUUGUUAAUGACAAUGUUCAUCCUCGAUUCAUCAAGAAAGGAUUAAACGCAGAUACAAUAGAGGCCGUUGGGGAUAAUAUUCCUGGUACCCAAAAAAUAUUUAUACAGGUUUGGGGCUGUGCUCAUAACACUAGUGAUGCUGAGUACAUGGCUGGACUUCUUUCCGCAUAUGGCUAUCAGGUUACUUUAGGAGGAAGUUGCUGUGAUAGUGAGAGUGCUUUUGACAAUGAGAAUAAAUCGGGUGACGAGGUUGCAAAGGCUGAAGCAGACUUAUGGCUUCUUAACAGUUGUACCGUGAAGGGACCUGCCGAAGAUCAUUUCCGCAAUGCCGUCAUUGCGGCCAAGGAGUCUGGGAAAGCUGUGGUUGUUGCUGGUUGUGUCCCGCAAGGCAGUCCAAACACUUCUUACCUCAAGAAUAUUAGUGUUGUCGGUGUUCAGCAGAUUGACAGGGUUGUAGAAGUGGUAGAGCAGACACUUAUGGGUAAUGUGGUGCGUUUCAUGGAGAAACGUGUAGCCGACACAAACGAUCAUCGAAGAUUAGGUGGUGCACCGCUUUCUCUCCCCAAAAUUCGACGUAAUCCCCUCAUAGAAAUACUCGCCAUCUCCACGGGUUGCUUGAAUGCCUGUACCUACUGCAAAACCAAACAUGCUCGAGGUGUCCUUGCUUCUUAUCCCGUGGAUGAACUUGUUCAAAGAGCUGUGGAAGCUUUCAACGAACCUCGUGUUAUUCAGCUACAUGCAAAUGCAACAUUUAAUACUCUAGAUGGCGUUAAGGAACUCUGGUUAACGUCAGAAGACCUCGGUGCAUAUGGACGUGAUCUCUCUCGGUUACAGUAUCCACUAGCAACAUCACCUCCGUCAUUAGCUGCCCAAUGGCCACAUCAUCUAACUUUAGCGGAUCUGCUCUAUGCUUUGGUUCCUGUCAUCCCACGGGGUGCUAUGAUGCGUCUUGGGAUGACAAAUCCACCCUACAUUCUCGAUCAAUUGGAGUACGUAUCUGCGGUUUUGAGGGAUCCUAGGGUAUAUGCUUUUAUUCACAUACCCGUUCAGUCAGGUUCAAACAACGUUUUGGAUGCGAUGCGACGAGAGUACACUGUAGAGGAGUUCCAGCAUGUGGUCGAUUUUCUCUCAAAUGAGGUUCAUUCUGUGCAAGGUGAUAAAAUGACAGUGGCGACGGAUAUUAUUUGUGGAUUUCCCAAUGAAACUGAGGCGGAUUUCCAGAAAACACUUCAGUUGGUGGAGAAAAAUAGAUUCCCCGUACUGUUCAUUAAUCAGUUCUUUGCUCGGCCUGGUACACCUGCCGCCACAAUGGAACGCUCAGCGACAACGGCGGCAGUUAAGCUACGAACAAAGGCCCUGCAUAACCUUUUCCGAAGUUAUCAACCUUACGCCGGUCGUGAGGGUCGGCAGUAUCGUGUUCUUAUAACAGAGACUAGUACCGAUGGAAAACACUGGGUUGGUCACACCAAAGCGUACGAGCAGAUUCUCAUUCUAAAGGAACCUGGGCUCCACGGUCGUAUAGUGGAAGUGAUGGUGACAGAAUGUGACAAAUUCUUCAUGAGAGGUGUUGUGACUGACCGCGGACCAUUUGAUUCUCUUUGCGAAGAGACUGUGAAUACUCAUGAAUAUCUUCAGAUUCCCAAGCAGCAAAAUGGGGAAGUACCAGCCUCAAAAACUGCACCGUCCUGGUGUUCGACAUUGAUGGGCAAAUCUUCUUUGCUUUCAUCUCUACUUGUGCCUUCUGCCGUCAUUUUGUUGCUCGGAACUUUUAACUUCACUCUGGAAGUAGCUGGUUACUGUUCACCUAACAACACGGACCGUGUUUCCUGUGAAUCUUCUGUGUUGCCGCGAUGUUACUCGGCUCUAGAUGACCGUUGCGAUGGUUUCUGGGAUUGUCCUACUACCGGUCAUGAUGAGGUUGGUUGUUUUUGUCCCACGGGUACUGGAUUUUCUUGCGCAGAUUUCGCUACCACUGGAAUGUGCUACAGUCUCUCAGAGAAAUGUGACGGAGUUUCCCAUUGUGCUGACAGAUCUGAUGAGUCGAAUUGCUUGGAGAUCCAGUGUUCCCUCAAUUCUUCGCGUUUUCUCUGUCUGCCUCUGAAUGCCUCUACCACCAACAGUCAUCUCCAAACCGGUGAAUGCAUCUCCCUCUCUCGCAUAUGUGAUGACCAUGAAGACUGCUCCAACGGGGCUGACGAGGCCUCAGAACUAUGCCAUGAUUCUGCGGUCCCCUCCUCCAAUGUCUCCUCACCUUCUCCACCUCUUUCAAUGCCUCCCAUUCAAAUCCAGACCCCUAUGGAGCUGCGUAAGGUUCGCAUUGCUCAACACUUUGCUUCUCUUGUCACCAAAGUGGCUGUGGAGGACGCUGUGGUGGCUGCUACUUCCCGAGUGAAUUCUCGACUUAGAACUCUCCUUACCUACGUUCUUUCUGCUCUCCUGGGACCUCUACUUAUUGUUCUUACAGUUGGGUUGAUGUGUAGAUCCAGUGCUACUUCUGCAACAUCGGGCAGACAAUCUGUGGAGGAAGCUAGAAGGGCUAGGCAACAGGCUCGUUACAACUCCCCCAUUCAACGUCUAAUUCGUGAGGAAAUUCGCCGCCGUCCGCCACCACCUACUUACGAAGAGGCACUCAACAACAGUCUCUUUGAGGAGCCAAUCCUGGAGGGAGCUAUUGUACCUCCGCUUUCUACACCUCCAACUAUUCAGGGGGUCCUUUCGCAGGAACGCAUUGCUGCGGUGCGGGAAAUGUCUAUGAAACCCAUCCCCACACGGGUGGACGUUGCUGUCUCGUGCGAUUUGCUUAGACAUGGAGUCCCUAUCUCGCCCUCACCAUCGUCUUUGGUGAAUGCGUCGUCAAACGUGGCUGCUAUUGAAACAGCCAGUCGUCGAGAAGCUUCCACAACUAAUCGAGAAGAUCAGAUUAACGAUGCUGGUGGUACUAGUAAUGGUGACAGCAAUGCACAAAACAACGCCACUGGUCUCUUGCAUCGCUGGUUUCUAUCCGCCCUGGGUAGUCUGCGUCGAAAUGGCAGUGGUGGUGGUGGUGUUAAUGGUCUAAACGGGAAUAUCCAUUCAUCUGGUAGCGGUGGCACCCAUCUUCGUCAUGGAAGUAGCUACGAGCAACAGGAAGUUUCAGAGACGACUGUAGUGUCUUCUAUGCAUGAGGAAGAGGAGGAAGAUGGAGAAAGUGACCCUGAAGAAGAGGAUGGAGGUCGCGAUGAGGAAGGUGAUUAUCAAUCUAUGUCUUCAAGACGAAAUUCACUAGAUAGUCAUUCGGAUGAACAAGGAGAUGAAGCUGAUAAUGAAAGGAGGCUCCAUCCUGUCGCUUCUCAUUCUCGUUUAUAA